ACUUCUGGGAUACGCAAGCUAGCGAGUGAGUAGCUAAACAUCAAAGGGUGAUGGCGUCUGCAGCGAUGGAGACCACGUAAAUCAGUUAUUAUUAUUAUAUGGUAUAAGCAGACGUAUAAUAAUAAUAGAAAGGUCUCGUUAUGGCGACCGGGAGCGGCGGGAGUGUCGGCGGCGGCUUGGCGUCUAACCAUGACGGUCAGGAGGCAGCAUCAAACUCGGCUCAGUCCGGAGCCGCAGCCGGGCUCUCCAACGCAUCAGCCUCCGGUCCUGCCCGGCCCGCCUCCCCGCCCGUUCUCGGCCUUCACCGGGAGCCCAUGUACAACUGGCAGGCGACGAAGAGCUCCCUGAAAGAGCGCUUCGCCUUCCUCUUCAACAACGAGCUGCUGAGCGACGUCCGGUUCAUCGUGGGGAAGGGCAGACAGGCCCAGAGGAUACCGGCCCAUAAGUUCGUGCUGGCCGCUGGUUCUGCCGUGUUUGAUGCCAUGUUCAACGGAGGCAUGGCUACGACGUCGACUGAAAUCGAGCUGCCUGAUGUGGAGCCUGCUGCUUUCCUUUCCCUGCUAAGGUAGAAUAAAUGAUCACCAUCAACCAUCACUGUAUGCUGGGAAUGAAAUAUCAGUAUUACACAUUUAUUACUGCAACCCUUGCAUACAGCUAGAUAGAUAGAUAGAUAGAUAGAUAGAUAGAUAGAUAGAUAGACUUUAUUGAUUCCCAACUGGGAAAUUCCCACGUUACAGCAGCAAUAAAAACACAAAAUAAAAUUAAAUAUAAGAGGAAGUAUGUACAAUACAGACUAAAUACACUAAAUAUAUACAAUAAAUACAGACUAAAUAUACUAAACAUCCUAAGAGAAAAAGUGCGAUAUCAAAGGGAAAAAAGUGAGAUAUGAAGAGAAAAAGUGAGAUAUGAAGAGAAAAAGUGAGAUAUGAAGAGAAAAGUGUGAUAUGAAAGAGAAAAAAGUGAGAUAUGAAAGAGAAAAAGUGAGAUAUGAAAGAGAAAAAGUGAGAUAUGAAGAGAAUAAUUGAGAUAUGAAAGAGAAAAAAGUGAGAUAUGAAGAGAAAAAGUGAGAUAUGAAAGAGAAAAAGGUGAGAUAUUAGAGAGGAAAAAGUGAGAUAUGAUACAGACUCAAAGGCAGCUGUUAAAAUUUUUGCCAUUAUUAAACAGAAACAAAGAGUUGAUUGAUGUGUUUAUAAAUCUUGAGGGAAAUUGUAAUCUCCAGCUAUUAUUGUAAUCCACUUAUUUUCAAAGUCAAGCUUAAGUGUCACGUAUUCUCUGAUUUCAGCCUGUAAUUGUGAGCUUGUACCACAUUUUCUGUGGUAGUGACUGGCUCUAUAUAGUAGAUCGAUGCAUACCUUUUGUUUUAUGAAAUCAGACAUUUUAAACAUGUCAGUGUCAGUGCUGUAACUUUAUCAGCAUUUCCUCACUUUUUUCUGAUAAUCCUGAUAAACAAAUCAGGAUAAACAAAGACCAAAUUGUCAGAAAAAUUGGAAAAUAGUUUUUGAGAAGUUGAAUGUAUUUGCAUCUGACUCAUAAAUAUGUGGCUGAAAGAUCUUUGAUUAGGUUCCACUUGGAUUACUGGGGUCAAACAUAAAUCUAAUCUUGGUUUGGCAUACUAACGUGAGCCAAACCAAAAUUCUGUAUUUGCACUUGUUCUAUAAUUAUGCAGUUUUAUUGUUUUUCCUGAACAAAAAGACUACCAGACCUUUCUUGUGCACAGGUUCCUUUAUUCUGACGAAGUCCAUAUUGGACCAGAAACUGUGAUGACGACCCUGUACACGGCUAAGAAGUACGCUGUCCCUGCCCUCGAGGGUCACUGUGUGGAGUUCCUCACCAAGCACCUCAGAGCUGAUAAUGCAUUCAUGCUCCUCACUCAGGUUAGUAUCAUUCUUCUUACCUGUGAAGUAAAAAACUUAAAACUCAAGCAGCAGUUGUGAUCUUCCACUUGGAAAGUCAAUAUUCAUAUCCUUUAACCUUUUGGUAUCAGAUCUUAUUCACAGACACAUUCAGAGACUUGAUAUUGUUUUUCUGCAGAUACUUUGAGUAAUUCUUGAGUUUUAUUUUCCAUGAAAGACUUAAGAAUGACCUUUAACAGCGACAUGUUUUCACAGAAACUGGUCUGAAUAACACAAAGGCCUGACUGUGAUCAGUUUUUAGUAAACAGUCUUUCUGCUAGUAUUGGGGCUUUCCUUGUACCUUUGAAAAAAGUCGCUUGAGGCAGAGCAUAGGUCCUGUGUAUUUGUUUGACACGCCGCUGCUGUCCCAAAGAAGCACCCACAGUUCAUCAACGUUUUCGGAGCUUUAAUAACAGAAAAAAAACGCUUCUACUAUGGCCAGUGAUUACACGCGCACAUCCAAUGUAAUAUGUGACCACUUUGCGACGUGUAUCAUUUACAAAACAAAGAACAUAAAGCGCGGUCAACAAAAAUUACAGCUACCGUGGCUCACCACUCCACCCCAGUGCAGGUGAGACUUGGUGAGACGUGACCCAAACCCAGCGAAACCAAUGGCAACCUGACAAAAGUAACUGAACACAGGAUAACCGAUCAGCAAAGCAACAUUAUGGCUCCUACCGUUAGGGAAAUAGUUCUAAUAUAAACUGUUUAAAAGAGUUUUUAACUAUUGUCCCGUACAUCCGGGACAGACCUUUUUGCAGGAACACCAGCUGUUUUUAAGAUUUUCCAAAGUCCGAUAAAAUAAUGCCUGGAGCAGCACAAAUUAAAUGUUGCCCUCACAGUAUAUUGGACAUUUGCAACUAAUGGUAUCUCCGACUUUUGUGCACAAAAUAAAACUCACUGUUUGGCCAUAAACCAGGAGAAAGUAAGAAACGUAUCCACCUUAGUUUAGGUGAACUCUUCCUUUGAGUCAUUUUGCACCACCACUAGAGCAUUUUAAAACAAAGCAGGGGUAGAUAGUUUGUUUUUCUGGGGCACUGUGUGAAACAAUGCUGCAGCAGCUCUAAUCAUCUACUCCAAACUCUCCAAGCGUUUUCAGAGUGGAGGAUGAAGCUGUUUGUUUUCUCUGUGUCAACACCAUCCCUGUCAUCCCGGCAUUGACGGUUGAGUUUUCACCACAUAAGAGGUUCUAUUUUUAGAUCUGGUCGCUGUUUGUUUUAUAUCAGCUUUUUUUGGUCUGACUGCUGACUGAAACAUCAGGCUGCAUGUACAGAUGCUUUCUGAUCAAAAACACUUUUAGUCCACGGCUGGCAAAGAAAGACUAUCAAACAUCGAACGGUGUACUUGACAGAUAAUUUCAAGUUUGAUAUGACAGAUUUCCCUUCAGAGCAGAAGAUAUGGACAAAUUUACUGUGAGCUGUGCAUCAGAGUUAUAAGGAUUCUUCCUUUAUAAGGGUGAUGCACCUAUAUAAAAGCAGCCACUUGUAAUUGGUGCAUUUUAAAUGUUUCUUUUGUUCUCUCAUGACAGGCAAGGUUAUUUGAUGAGCCUCAACUUGCCAGUCUCUGCCUGGACACCAUUGACAAAAGUACAGCAGACGCAAUAAACGCAGAGGGCUUUACAGACAUUGACCUCGGUAUGUACGUCCUCUGUGCCUUAUUUAGUUUUUGAAAUAUCUUCUUGGAUGAAUAAUAAUGUAAAAACUGUGCUGUUCUGUGUUUCCAUGAGUAGAUACCUUAUGUGCAGUGUUACAAAGAGACACACUCAGCAUCAGGGAGAACCGUCUGUUCGGGGCGGUGGUACGAUGGGCAGAGGCUGAGUGUUACAGACAACAGCUUCCCCCGACCUCAGAGAACAAACAGAAGGUUCUGGGGAAAGCUCUCCCGCUCAUCCGCUUUCCACUUAUGACUGUUGAGGAGUUUGCUGCAGGUAAGCGCACCGUGACGAGACAAUUCAUGCUGUAAUAGCGCACUCACUUUUCAACUCUAUACUUACAAAUUCAGCCUUUACUCAACAUAACCGUCAUGUUUCCAUACAACUCAAACCACAGAAACCAGCUUGAUAUUCUUUCUUGUGCCACAGGGCCUGCCCAGUCUGGAAUAUUGUUCGAUCGGGAGGUGGUAAAUCUGUUUUUACACUUUACAGUAAACCCCAAACCACGGGUCGACUACAUUGACAGGCCCCGCUGCUGUCUCAGGGGGGAGGAGUGCAGCAUUAAUAGAUUCCAGCAGGUUGAGAGUCGAUGGGGGUACAGUGGUACCAGCGACAGAAUCAGGUGAGAUCACAAACAUCACAAGCUUGUUUGAAAUCAGAGCAAACUGAUUCAAGUUGUAAUUUUUUUUAAUUCCCUCUCUCUUUUUACUCCCUGUGUAGAUUUAAUGUGAACAAAAGGAUAUCCAUUGUUGGUUUUGGCUUGUAUGGUUCAAUACAUGGACCCACUGACUAUCAGGUCAACAUACAGGUAAGUAAAACUUCAAAAGUAUCUUUAAACUAAAUCAAGGACCCAGCUAUCCUUUGUAGUGAACCCACUUAUUCCCUCAUCCUGCAAGUGUGUGGUUUUUGAACAAGUGCAUUUAAUUGUGGCUUAUGAGUGGGGUUAAAAUAGAGGACUAGAAACCCAGUACAGGAUAAGUUUGCCAUCAGACUCAUAGAGCGUCACAGAGUACUUUGUUGGAGCUUCUAUAAAGCAGAUAUUCCUCUGCACCUUGUUGUUCUCUCACUAAAAACAUGAUCUUGCUUUGUAGAUCUUAGAGAGUGACAAACGCAUCACACUGGGACAGAAUGACACAGGCUUCAGCUGCGACGGCACAGCCAGCACUUUCAGAGUGAUGUUCAAAGAGCCUGUGGAAAUCCUCCCCAAUGUCAGCUACACUGCAUGUGCCACCUUAAAGGUCAGUCUGAACUUGCUGCUUGUAAACGUGUUUCCUCGUAAGUCGUAAAUGAUAUGAAUGAAAACAGUCUAUUUUUAAACCACGGUAGAUUUGACCUUUUUGACGGCAUUUUCAUUCACACCUCAGGGCCCAGACUCCCAUUAUGGCACGAAAGGACUGAAGAAAGUCACCCAGGAAUCAACAGUGGGGACCAAGACGACAUUUUUCUUUUUUAGUUCACCUGGAAAUAACAACGGUACUUCAGUGGAGGAUGGGCAGAUACCAGAGAUCAUCUACUACACCUAGACUCAACCUGUAUGUACACUGGACUGACCUCAGACUGCUGAGAAGACUGGACUGCUGGAGAUUUAUGUAGUGCCUCAUGAACCCUUUGAAUAAAGAAUGUGUUUGACUGAGUGUGCGUAUGUGUGCCUGCGUGUGUGUGUGUGUGUAGUGCUGUACAGACAUAAUCAGGAAUGUGGAACCCUUUUAAGAAAUUACAGUUCGGGUGUGGAAAAAAAGAAACUUUUGGGCAUAAACUCUUCCAUCAGCUGUAAACGAUCAAAAUACUGAUGCAUUAUCAGGAGACUGCCAGCGCAGAUGUUCAGUCUGUGAAAGGAUAGAGGCAGUUACCAAUUCUUGGUCAAGGCCAUUUCAAUUUAUUUGGUCAGUUUUUUGCUGAUGCAUUUACCCGAAGUAUAAAAUUUGCAUUUUUUUUAUUUUUAUUUUUUUUUUGUGCACUGUCAUCAUUUAUUCAAGAGUGCGUCUUUAAUGCAUUUUUAUUGCAUUGUAUUAAGGAUAUGUGUGUUAUGUAACCUUGCCAGUGGUACAUAAUGUAAUUUAUGACUUCAUGUUUGCUUAGCACUUCAUCCAAAUGUAAAUAAAAACAAGCAAGACCAAAAUACUCAAAAAAAAAAAAAAACACACACACAAUUUCAGCAUUUUGUUAGUCAAACUAAUCAAGAAAAAGCCUUUUUUUCAGUCACGUAGCGAUUUAAUGUUAUAAAUCUAAACUAUGACUGAUUCAUCUGAUGUAUUACACGUUCUACUUGAUCAUUGUUAUUCUUCAGCCUGUCACUGGAUGGUGCCAAAUACUCCAUAUAUAGUGUGUGCAGCAGUUGAAUGGGAGAGAAAGGAGGGGUUAGUGCUUCCCAACUUUUGAACUUUGUUGUUGACAUCUUAGGGGUGUGAAAAGAUGAAGAGGACAAGGAAUAAAAAAAUAAGUAAUGAUUA